GCAAGUCGAUCAUCAUGUGGAGCCCGUCCCGGGUCCCUGAUCCAUCGACCAAGUCUCAAUUUUCGUGAUCACGAAUACCUCGGCUCACGAGUAUACCCACCCCGACGUCUCCGAGUCGAUUUUCUUUUUUGUUGUUAAUAAUUGACCAGUCCCUCUCUUUGCGUAUUCCUACAUGCCCGGCUUGCAACCCAUUUGCUCGACCAGUACCCUCCUUUGCUAUCUUCGUGCCGUACCUCUCUGGCUCUUUGCCCUGAUCUGCAUCGCGAUCAUCCCACUUCGCGCCUACUUUGCGCGCAACACUGCCCAUCGUGGCGGUCCGAAAAAGCACUGAUAAAAUGGCGUCGGCGUCGAGUCGCGUGGACGCCUUUGCGCUGUUUGUCCCCGUGGUGGUGCCGUUGAUACUCGGCGGCGGAGGUUAUGCUGCCUACAAGGUGGACUGGAAGAUGGCCAUCACCCACUUUCUGACUGGACCGGGCAGAACGUCGAGGAUCCUCUUGCUGUUCUUCUGCUGGUUCAACUGGAAGAACUUGCCCUUUGCGUGGACGUUCCGCGUGUUCUACACCAUCAUGUACCAUCACUUCAUUCGCAAAUCCCCGCCACUUGGCCCACGGGCCCUGUACAAGCCCAUGAUUUCGACUACCAGGGCCCCUCUCCUCGAGAUCGACUACAACCUCCACAAAUCCAACAGUACCUUCUUCACUGACCUCGAUGUCUCCCGGUCGCACCUUGUCUCGUACCUGCUUCGCUCCACGAUGCGCAAGCUUACCCACAACAGCCGAUCGCGCCUCGUCCUCGACCCCAAGACCAAGGAACCGGUGAAUGGCCCAUUGGGUAUCUUGCUCGGCGCUGUGACGUGCAGCUUCAAGAAGGAGUGCCCGCCGUUCAAGCAGUACGAGGUAUGGAGUCGGAUUCUGUGCUGGGACCGCAAGUGGCUGUACGUGAUCACCCACUUUGUGCCCAAGGGCACUGCGAGGCCGACUGAGUGGCUGGACCCUUCGUUCCGUGGUGUCAAGGUCCGUGGCGGGCAAGAUGCCACAGGCGGCUGGGAGCGCAAAAUCAUUGCGACGGCGAUCAGCAAGUACGUCUUCAAAGUUGGACGUCUGACCGUGAACCCGGCGCUCAUGCUCUCCGAUGGCGGGAUGCUCCCUGAGCGCCCGGGUGGCUGGAUGAGCGGCGAGGCGCAGGUCGGCGACGAGAGCGUCGACCUGAGCGACGUCGACUUGGACAAGGACGGAGAGUGGGAUUGGAGGCGCGUCGAGGCUGAGAGGAGGAGGGGCAUGGAGCUUGGAUCCAAGUUCCACGAGCUUGACAAAGCGCACGACCUGUUUGACGGCGGAAGCCAGGGCGCUCUCCGAACGGCGUGGCCUAACUAAUCGAAGGAGGGAGGAGGCACAACACGGUAACAUUUGCGAAUGGAUCUUACUGAUAGAGAUAGACAUAGAUAUGCAUAGACUGGCCAGACCAAAGGACCGAAAUGACACAAAUACAGUAUAUUCCAGU